AUGACGGACGAAAGACCAGCACGGAAUUGUCAGGGCCGUAAGACGGUGAGUCAAGAUAUUCUUUGCACACUUCGACAAACAAAUCUUCAAGGCAGCCCUCCUUCGGCAUACGGUGGGGCCACUCUACGAAACCCUUCCACCCAUCUUCUCGAGCAAAGUGAAAGAUAUGCUAGUAUCAUGUACCCUUUGGGCCUGAUUUCUAAUAAUAUCUCUUAA